AUGAUAGGAAAGGUUCAGGGCCAUCCUUUGUUUGGAUUCAUGAAUAGCGGUCUAAGACAAAUCCAACCAACUUAUUAUAAUCCCUCCACAACACCAACCUUCUCCUCGGGUCCACUAAUGCGACUUCAGCAAUUUCCCAUUGAAUUGUGUAGCCUAAAUUUACGCUGGCCUCAUGAUGAGUGCGUGGAUCUCGAAGGCCAACCUCGGUCACCGAAUGGGAGUAGCUCCGGAAUCAAGGUCCAACGCAAUGUUCUCAGUCCGUAUGAGCGGCUUGGUCAGGAGUACCUUAAUAUGGCUUCAAGUUUCGAUCAAGCUACGUCAGCUCCUGGGCCUCAUGUUGAGAUCAUGACGCCACCCGUCCUAAGGAUGACUCUUGGGGACGUGAUCAGUGGAUGGAAGCUUUUGCACAAAGACACCAAGGUGACCUCGUUAAGGGCGAUUAGAAACGUAAAGUCAGAUUCCAGAGUUGACCCCGGUGAAAUAUUCCAUGCCGUGGCUAACCCUCCCAUGAGUGGCGAUUAUAUCUCCACUACGGAGUUGAUGGAUACAGAUAUGCUAUUAAACAUGACACCAGUAGGCCAAUACUUCAACAAUCAGUCCACUUCAUUAUCAACAAAUGGACAGCGUACCGAGAGAGUCCAUCUAUGUGGGCAGUGCGGCAAGGCAUUUGCCAGACGAGCGCUCGCCGAAGGCUGUGAAAAUAGAGAUAGUGGCGCUGACAUAGUCUAUCACCUCCAAGCACAAAGACAUUCUCCGGCAAGAAAGAGUGGUACAGACACGAUCGCCUUCCUUCACAGAAACAAGUACCUUGUAGGAUCUGGUCAGUCCUGA